GGAAAGGAGGAUGCUGGAAUCUCCCGCUCAAUCGGCGCCUUCACCAUGUGACUUCUUCUCCUGCAAAGUGCUCACUCUGUCCUCCACCAUGUCCGACUGAAGCAAGAAGAAGAAGAAGAAGAAGAAGAAGAUAGCAGGAUGUUCUCAGUGUCGCUGAAGUGCCGCUUAGGGGUCAUCAGGCGCCAAGUCAAGGAUGAUGGACCGUAUGGAAAAACGAAGGAUGUCUCUGGACCAGAACACAACAUGGCGUCCAGGAGACACAGCAUACCAGAAGCGCUGAGGGGUGUGACCAUGGUAGAGCUGGUGAAGAAAGAGGGCAGCACGUUGGGCCUCACCAUUUCAGGAGGAACCGACAAAGAUGGGAAACCGCGGGUAUCAAACCUGCGACCCGGAGGUCUUGCUGCCCGGAGUGACCAGCUAAACGUUGGUGACUACAUAAAGUCUGUGAACGGCAUCAAUCUGACCAAACUACGACACGAAGAAAUCAUCAGCUUACUGAAGAACGUCGGGGAACGGGUCCUGCUGGAGGUGGAAUACGAACUGCCCCCUACAGCACCAGACAGCAGCUCGGGCGUUAUCUCCAAGACGAUCGACAUCUGUUUGCACAAAGAAGGCAGCAGCUUUGGCUUCGUCACCCGCGGUGGGAUCCACGAAGACUGGCACAAGUCUCGCCCCCUAGUGGUCACCUAUGUGCGACCUGGAGGCCCAGCUGACAGGGAGGGCACAUUGCGUCCUGGAGAUCGCCUCCUCACUGUGGACGGCGUGCCGCUGCACAACGCCAACCACAGCGACGCCCUCAGCGUGUUGGCUCAGUGUGGACAGGAAGCGCUGUUCCAGAUCGAGUACGACGUCACUAUCAUGGACACGCUGACCAACGCCUCGGGGCCUCUCUUAGUGGAGAUCGCCAAGUCGCCGGGGGCAAUGCUGGGCAUCACGCUGACCUCUGCCAGCCAUCGCAACAAGCAGGUCAUCGUCAUCGAGCGGGUCAAGCCUGGCAGCGUGGUGGACAGGUGCGGAGCCUUGCAUGCCGGAGACCACCUGCUGUCCAUUGAUGGGACAUCCACAGAACACUGCACUGUCUUGGAGGCCACACAGCUGCUGGCCAGCACCACUGAACUGGUCAAACUGGAGAUACUGCCCUCCCACCAGACCCGGCUGACUGGGAAACAACAUGACACUGUGAAGGUCCAGAAGUCAGACCACCCGCACUCCUGGGACCCCUGUGUAAACUUCCUCCCUUCCACAAACUCCUCCCACUACAGCACAAGCUCCACCCUCCACAAAUCAUGGACCGCCUCAAACAACAACGCCAUCAACAACAACCUCGACUACUGCAAGUCUCUGGUGUCGGCCAGUUUUUCUCCAGGGUCCACGUCGGGCCCCAGCAGUCAGAGCGCCAACACUCUGCCUAGGCAGACUGUCCCCAUGAGCCCCAGGAACUCGCUGCUCAAACGCAGACACAGAAAGAAGGACCACAAAAGCUCUUUGUCGCUGGCGUCCAGUUCAGUGGGUCCGGGUGGGCAGGUUGUCCAUGUGGAAACCAGCGAAGUCAUCCUGACAGGUGAUCCACUCAAUGGCUUUGGCGUGCAGCUGCAGGGAGGAAUAUUUGCUACAGAAACCCUCUCCGCACCCCCCCUCAUCCAAUUCAUCGAGCCCGACAGCUCAGCGGAAAGAUGUGGCCUUCUGCAAGUCGGGGACCGCCUCCAGUCCAUCAACGGGAUCCCCACCGAGGACGGAACCCUGGAGGAGGCCAAUCAGCUUCUACGAGACGCGGCACUUACCAACAAAGUGGCACUGGAAAUUGAGUUUGAUGUGGCAGAGUCUGUGGUGCCGAGUAGUGGAACUUUUCACGUCAAACUACCCAAAAAAAGAGGAGUGGAGCUGGGCCUCACCAUUAGUGCCAAUAAGAAAGCAGGAGAGCCUCUCAUCAUCUCUGACAUCAAGAAGGGCAGCAUGGCCCACAGAACAGGAACGCUGGAGCCAGGCGACAAGCUGCUGGCCAUCGACAACAUCCGCCUGGAGAACUGCUCCAAAGAAGAUGCCGAGCAUAUCCUCCAGCAGUGCGAGGAGCUGGUCAAGUUGAAGAUCCGCAAAGACGAGGACAACUCAGACGAGCAGGAGACGUCAGGCAGCAUCAUCUACACGGUGGAGCUGAAGCGCUAUGGAGGCCCGCUGGGCAUCACCAUUUCUGGCACCGAGGAGCCUUUUGACCCCAUCACCAUUUCAGGCCUGAACAAACGAGGCCUGGCCGAGAGGACAGGGGCUAUUCACGUGGGCGACCGCAUUCUGGCUAUUAACAGUGUUAGCCUGAAAGGUAAACCUCUGAGCGAGGCCAUCCACCUUUUGCAGAUGGCAGGAGAGACGGUCACUCUCAAGAUUAAGAAGCAGCUGGACAAUGCAGAGGAAAGGAAAGCGUCCGAGGCAGAGGACACGACAGAGAACGAACUCAGCGACCCAGAAGACGAUCUGACUGACAGCCAGCAGACCAACAAGCUGUCUGAGCUCUACUCCACUACCAUCCCCAGUGUGGACUCAGCCAUGGAGUCAUGGGAUGGCUCCGGGCUAGACGCCGGCUACUGCAGCCAGGGCACUUACACUCACCAGGCUUCAGCCGGCAUAGCCCUCCAACCCCAUGAGUGGCGUAGUGCAAAGCAGCAGCACAGCAUCACGCCCCCACCUGGCUGCUGGAAGAACUACCCCUUUAGUGACGGAGGCUUUAGUGAAGAUGAGUGGGAGAAAACCCCAGGUUUUGUUGGACAGCAAUCGGACGGAAUCCUGCUGGAGUCUGACGACAGUUUCUGGUGUCAGGCUCUGGAAGACCUGGAGACGUGUGGCCAAUCAGAACUGCUCAGAGAGAUUGAGGCGUCCAUCAUGACGGGCACAGCCAUCAGUUUGGGCGUAGAAUGCGCCAACAAGCCUCCACCAGAUCCCAUCUUGAGCCACAGCAGGAUGAGCCCGUUGCGACGGAAUUCCCUUCUCCACCAGGCGCCGCACCUGCACGAUGAAGCCGACCUCCACCAAGACCACAUGGGGGUCCACUUCAACCAGGACGACCUCCUGCACCCGGGUGCCCACAUUUUCCAGGACAGCGUGCCCCCCGUCAUGCACCAGGAGCCCAAACCCAAGGCCUCGUUAAGGGUGUCGGAAAGAACUUGGGAGUCUCGUCGCAUCAAAGAAGAGAUGCAAGGACUUCUGUCGCCGACGCCUCUGGAGCUGCACAAGGUGACCGUGAUAAAAGAUCCAGAAAGCGACGACUUUGGUUUCAGCGUGUCAGACGGCUACCUGGAAAAAGGUGUUUACGUCAACAUGGUGCGACCUGACGGACCCGCUGACCGAUCCGGUCUUCGACCCUACGACAGGAUUCUGCAGGUAAACCACGUGCGGACUAGGGACUUCGACUGCUGCUUGGCGGUCCCUCUCAUCACGGAGGCCGGCGACAGACUGGAGCUGGUCAUCAGUCGAAACCCGCUGGAUAGCGCCGAAGACAACAACAACACUUUGGACCACCAUCCGCUUGACCUGUAAGCACGGGUGCCCCAAAUCACUUGAAGGAACGGCCACAUGCCCCGCCCACCAGGUUCUAGCGCUGUCAUACAGCGUCCUUCUUCACCGAAUGGACCUGCCUUACGGAAGACCGACCACAAUUUAGAAGCCGCGUUGUUGUUUUCACUAAACCCGACUAAACUGUCACAAAAACACAAUCAGAGACCGCGGGGGACUUUGUAGGGACUUCCUGCACAAGCUGUGAUGUCAUCAACUGUGUGACGGCACCUGUUCUCAUGUCAAGUGGUCAAAAACACGGAGGACAAAAAUCCCGGCUUUUCAUCUCGUCGGGGUCGGGGCCGGGGUCAUGUGAAGUGGGUCACGAUUGCAAAAAUGUCCGAGUAAGUGCUUCCUGCCUUUCAGACUCGUCUGUUCAGAGAGAAAAAAAAUUAACUUCCAGGGCUGUGCACCCCCCACCCCCUCCCCCAAAAACCCUCUCAAUUUAGCAGACAUUCUUUCCUCCAGCUUACUUCACCUGCUGUUUUCUUCCAGAGCACCAAAGCGGACCUCAUUAUUUGUGGAUUAGCGGUCACAUGACCCCCCCCCCCCCCCCCCCCCUCAAAGCACACUUUGUUGGUCGGACACAAAGACUUCAAACAUGUAUAUGCACAUGUUAUAUACACUUUUCCAUGUUAACUACAACAUGUCUUUAUGGAAAGGUCAACAUUCUCCACCCAUUUCUCCGCCACGUUGUGUGACAAUACACACCCACCCCCCACGGUGCACAAUGGAAAUGAAAGCAUCGUAAUGAUGAACAUGUGUUUACAUGUAAAUAACGGUGACUAUUCACAACAUGUGUGUGUGUGUGUGUGUGUGUGUCUGUGUGUGUGUGUGUGUGAGUGUGUGUGUGUGUGAGUGUGCGUGUGUGUGUGCAUUUUGGUAAUGCUUACUUAAUGGGGACAUCGCUCUGUUUACAAAGUCACCUUUAGGGGACAUCUGACGGUAUGGGGACAAAAAAAAACAGGUCUCUUCAAGGGAAACCUUUUUAAAUGAUAGUCAGAUCCAUUCUGAAGAUUGCCUGAGUGAUUUUUAAGCUUUGUCCUAUAAAACAUGUUUACUGGUUAGUUUGAGUGUGAGAUAUUUGCACAGCAGCCCCCUUGUGGGGCUGUAGUUGGUACUGCACUCGCUGCUCUGCUCACACUUCUUCCGUGUAUAGUUGAUCACUUCCACCUGGUAAAACAUUAUUACCUUUAAUUCUAUAUAUGGUCGUUGGAGUUGCAGACAACUUCAUUACUGCUAAAUAGCAGUUUUCAGUAAUGUCACAAAAGAUGCGGAAUUUGCUCUAACAUUUAAAGGCCUACUGAAACCCACUACUACCCACCACACAGUCUGAUAGUUUAUAUAUCAAUGAUAAAAUCUUAACAUUGCAACACAUGCCAAUACGGCCUUUUUAGUUUACUAAAUUGCAAUUUUAAAUUUCCCGGGAGUUUCGUCUAGAAAACGUCGUGUAAUGAUGACGUGUACGCAAGACGUCACAGGUUUUUAGGAAGUAUGAUUGCUACGCGCACACACAGCUAAAUGUCGUCUGCUUUAACAGCAUAAUUACACAGUAUUUUGGAGAACAGUGUUGCUGAAUCUUUUGCAAUUUGUUCAAUUAAUAUUGGAGAAGUAAAAGUAGCAAGACGGAGUUGGGAAGCUUUAGCCUUCAGCCACACAAACACAUGGUGAUUCCUUGUGUAAAAUUCACGGAGUUGAAACUUUACUAUGGAUCACAGCGGACAUGAAUCCCGACCACUUGUCAACCAGCAGGUUUCGGUGAGAAAAUUGUGGUUAAAAAGUCGCCACUUACCGGAUAUCAGCUGAGCUUGCGCCUCCCGUACAGCUGCCGUCGACUUCCCUGAGACACUGGUGUCAACACCCGGCCGUGGACGUACACUUCCGACUAUCAGGUACUGUUAAACUCACUAAAACACUAGCAACACAAUAGAAAGAUAAGGGAUUUCCCAGAAUUAUCCUAGUAAAUGUCUCUAAAAACAUAUGAAUCCGUCUCAGUGCAACGCAAUUGCAAUCGCGUUUUUUUUUUUCCUAGUCCGUCGCUAUCAAUAUCCUGAAACACGAAUCUUUCAUCCUCGGUCAAAUUAAUGGGGAUAUUGUCGUUUUCUCGGUCCGAAUAGCACUUUUUGUUGGAGGCUCCCAUUAAAAACAAUAUGGAUAUAUGAGGAGCCAUCAACAUGUGACGUCAUCGUCUGCGACUUCCGGUAGAGGCAGGGCUUUUCUCCAGUUGUGAACUUUAUCGUGGAUGUUCUCUACUAAAUCCUUUCAGCAAAAAUAUGGCAAUAUCGCGAAAUGACACAUAGAAUGGACCUGCUAUCCCCGUUUGAAUAAGAAAAUCUCAUUUCAGUAGGCCUUUAAGUGGUGAAACUUCCUAUAAGAGGACAGCUGUAGUGCUGUAUUCUGAGGAUUAGGUCAUAUUUAAUUUGAACUUUUUUUUUUUAAAUUGUCCUCAGUAGUCACGUACAAAUUUGUGUGAAUUAUGCAAAAUUAUUUAAAUAUGGUCCCCAUGAACCAUAUUAACUCUUUUUCCCCAGGGUCCCCAGUUAGAAUGAUCAGCACAUUACUUUAUCAAUCCAGAGAUUUAAAGGCGUGUAUGAGCUAACUGGGCAGUGGCCAUUUGACCUCAUUUUUUUUAUGCCUCCACAACCUGGAGAAAUGGUGGUCCCCACAAGUGAUGAUCAAAAACUUAGUCCCUAUUCCAAAUGAUAACCAGUGUGUGUGUGUGUCUGUGUGUGUGUGUGUGUGUGUGUGUGUGUGUGUGUGUGUGUGUGUGUGUGUGUGUGUGUGUGUGUGUGUGUGUGUGUGUGUGUGUGUGUAUGUGUGUGUGUGUGUCUCUAAAAGGACAUUUGUCUCUUAUUUACCGAGCACAUCUAAAGAAAAAGAAGCACAGUGUAGAUGUUGUCAUGAAUGGAGUGUUUUUAAAGAGCUUUUGUAAAGCAACAACGGGCUGAGAGAAAAGCCUUCCAAAGUGUUGUGUUGUUUUUUUUUCUAUGUACAGUAUUUAACGUGUGUGUGUGUGCUCCCCUCCCCCCAUUCAUAUACAGUCUGUCCUCGAUUUAUGCUGUCCCGUGGUUACGAAUGCACUCUCAUAAAUCCAAAGGACCACUGAUAGUCGCACACACUAGGUGUGGUGAAAUUACCCUCUGCAUUUGACCCAUCCCCUUGUUCCACCCACUGGGAGGUGAGGGGAGCAGUGAGCAGCAGCGGUGGCCGCGCUCGGAUAACAUUUUGGUGAUUUAACCCCAAAUUCCAACCCUUGAUGCUGAAUGUAUAUUAUACAUAAAUUAUAAAUACUUAAUAAAAAUAAAAGCUGGGAACUCUAGUUUAGCAUAGGAAUAUGCCGUUACACGCUGCUGCAUUGGGGAAGGACAACGUCAAUUCUGUGUGGAAGUAGAAUUGUCUCACAUCAACUUAUAUGAUACGUCAAUAUGAUAUCAAUACAUAUGCAUAUAUUAAUAAAAAUACAAAUGUGAUAUACAAAUAAAUAAUUUGUAUAAAAAAACGCCUAUUUGUAAAUAUAUUUCUGAGAUUUGAAAAUAUAUACAAAUAAAGUGUAUAAAUAUAAAAAUGUGACUUACAAAUAAAUCAAAAAUUUGUAUGAAUAAACGGGUAUUUUUAAAUAUAUUUUUGAGAUUUGGAUAUAAAUAUGCUUGAUUUUGUGUUUGUAUUUGUAUUGAAUUUGCAUAUGUGGAUCGCUUUUUUGCUUUUGUGUCGAUGAGACAUUCCACCCACAAACCAGAUGCAGAAAUAAAUGUGACCUACACACUCCCCUGAACAACCAGCAGAGGGCACUGCAGCCAGAGCGGUCUGGGUCACACAAAAACAACCCACGUCUUUACAGAGAGAACGCACAACAGGUCUGAGUUAACUAAUCAAUCUUUAUUUAUUGCAGACCUUAAGGUCCAUUAAACAUAUAAAAACACAAUACAAAAUAUUAAAAACAGAACACUAAAACAUUAAAAA